ACAAAAUCCGAGCUGCGUGUGCAUGCGUAGAUCUGGUAAUGGAGGACAGUGAUCUACUCACAGGGGGUUAGUUAGCAAGCUAUCUUUUCCCUGUUAUGUUCCCAGCCGCCGUUUCUAUUGAUUACUUGGUAUUUUCAACACAAGGGACAACCUCUGAAUCAACCGAGAGCAGCUCGAGCAACCAUUAAGUCUUGGGAUGGCGUCAGACGUGGUUUCCCAAAACCAUGGUACCAAAGGGAUCAUGACUUUUUACCCCACUGCUGCUGAAUUCAAGGAUUUCAGUCGCUACAUUGCGUACAUGGAGUCCCAGGGAGCACACAAAGCAGGCCUGGCCAAAAUUGUCCCACCAAAGGAGUGGAAGCCCAGAAGUUCUUAUGAUGACAUCGAUAAUUUGGUGAUACCUGCACCCAUUCAGCAGGUGGUGACAGGCCAGUCAGGUCUUUUCACGCAGUACAACAUUCAGAAGAAGUCCAUGGCUGUCAGAGAAUUUCGCAAGAUUGCCAACAGUGACAAGUUCUGUAGUCCACAUUAUGAUGACUUUGAGGAGCUGGAAAGGAAGUACUGGAAGAAUGUGACAUUUAACCCUCCCAUAUAUGGGGCAGAUGUCAAUGGAACCUUGUAUGACCCAGAUGUCAAAGAAUGGAAUAUUUGCCACCUGGAUACCAUCUUGGAUACUGUGGAACGGGACAGUGGCAUCACUAUUGAGGGUGUUAAUACACCUUAUCUGUAUUUUGGCAUGUGGAAGACCACCUUUGCAUGGCAUACGGAGGACAUGGACCUCUACAGUAUCAAUUACUUACACUUUGGAGAACCGAAAUCAUGGUACUGCGUUCCUCCAGAGCAUGGGAAAAGACUGGAGCGUCUGGCUAAAGGGUUCUUCCCUGGUAGUGCUCAAAAUUGUGAAGCCUUUUUGAGGCACAAGAUGACUCUCAUCUCUCCUUCGAUACUGAAGAAAUAUGGCAUUCCAUUUGAAAAGAUUACUCAGGAGGCUGGUGAGUUCAUGGUAACUUUCCCCUACGCCUACCAUGCUGGGUUCAACCACGGCUUCAACUGUGCAGAAUCCACCAACUUUGCCACAGAGAGAUGGAUCGAGUACGGCAAGCAGGCUGUUUUGUGCUCAUGCCGUAAAGACAUGGUGAAGAUUUCCAUGGAUGUAUUUGUGAAGAAAUUCCAGCCAGAUCGCUAUGAACAUUGGCUGGCAGGGCGAGACGUGGUACCCAUCGACCACUCAAGGCCCACUCCGGAAGCGAAGGAGUUCUUGGGCGAGUCCUUUAACGACAUCACCAGCGGCAGCCACAGUAGCUCCAUCGAUGGCUGUGGGGAGGAUGGAGAGCGGAAGAGCACUACACAAAGGAUAGAGACCAAGAGACACCGUGUGUGUCUGGAGUUACCCAAAGAGGUUGUUCCCAAAGAUGAAGAUGAAGAUGUUGUAGCGCAAUAUGGAAAGCGUCCUAGACUAAGUCUGAUACCUCCACGAACUAUUUUACAAGAUGGCAAGAGAAAUAAAGGUCCACCAAAGUUGGUCGUCACCCCAACCAAGCUCACACUAAUGGAUCCAUUUCACAGGGGCCUGACCCAAGGCAACAGUGACGGAGGCCGUCCUCCUCAUUAUACCAAGACUCGCGCACCUGCAAUCUCAUCUCAGUCUCAGCACAGAAACGGACAUCUAUCGAUUUCAGUGGCACCUAUGUGGACAGAAGCCGCAGCUCAACCUGCCCGCAAAAUGGGGGUGGCAAGCCUGCUCUUCCACAGGACUCUGAGUCCAAAGGACGCUCUACAAGUGCACAGCUACACUCUGGAAAAGCAGCGGCAGCCUCACACACAGCUCCAGGUGCACAGCUAUGCCAGAGAGCACCAACCCCGUCAUCUCCAGCACAAAGUCUGCACGCCAUCGCACACACAGGUUCAGUCUUCAUCUCAAGCCCCAAGCUGCGAGAGAACGGAGCCUCAGCUGGAAUCUAAAGUUGUUGUUACCAAAGUAGCACAGAAGGAAUCAGAAGCACAGAAGCCUGUGGUGCAGGAGCAAGAGGAGACCAAACCCAAAGUGCUGAGGCCCGUUGAAAGUCAAGCAGGAGUAGCGAAGACGGAAGUCAAACCAACUGUCACCUCUGCUCCCCCUCAUACCCAAACACAGUCUCAAGACUUCAGCAAUGAGAAGAUGGAAGCUCCCAAGAACAGCAAGCGAAAGAGUAACCAAUGCCCCCUUGCGGAUAAUGGCAUUAUCCUCCUGAAAGACACCAUUCCUAUCAGCAAACCAAUCCAAGAUGAGGUGAAGGUGAUUCCUCAGAAUCAUCACCAGGUGUCAGAAGAGCAGUCAUACUGCAAGUCACUGGUGUCAAAACAGCAGCAGCAGGAAGAGCUCUGUAAGCUGCCUCGCCAUCACCCUCUAAUCAGAGAGCUGCACAGUGAUGAUGAUAUGUAUGUUGAUGUGGAGGUGGAACAAGAGGAGAAAGAGGAGUGGGCAAAACCUCUAUCCCAGCUGUGGCAGUGUCGACCAUAUAACCCCGAGGCAGAGAGGAAAUACAACAAAAGCAUGGGCCAACAGGCUCCUUACUGCUCCAUCUGCCUGCUCUUCCACACUUACCAUCAGUCUGAGUCCACUAGCGUCAGUUCCACUCUGACGUUGGUGAAGCGUCCAGGGGGGCAGCAGUGGUCCAAACCUCUCAUCCCUGAAAUGUGUUUCAACACCCAAUCCAACAAGACGAGUGACAGCGGGGAAGGACAGCUAUCUAACCCUCAUGUAGCAGAAGACGGGACCAGCCGACUGGUCAGCUGUGCUCAGUGCUGUGUCCGUGUACAUACAAGCUGUUAUGGUGUGUCUGGGGAUGAAGAAGACCUGGAUGACUGGCUGUGUGCCCGCUGUGAGGCUGAUGCUGUCACUGAGGACUGCUGUCUGUGUUCCCUGAGAGGUGGAGCUCUGCAGAGAGCCAACAAUGAUAGGUGGGUUCAUGUGCUGUGUGCCAUCACUGUGCUGGAAGCUCGCUUUGUCAACAUCACCGAGCGGAGCCCCAUUGACCUCUCUGCCAUCCCACUGCCACGCUUCAGACUGAAGUGUGCAUACUGCAGGAAACGGAUGAAGAGGGAGGUGAAGGGCUGCUGUGUCCAGUGCUCCCAUGGCCGUUGCUCCACAGCGUUUCAUCCAACCUGCGCUCAGGCAGCUGGUGUCCUCAUGCACCCAGAUGACUGGCCGUUCAUAGUCUUCAUCACCUGCCACAGACACAGAACGCCAGUCAUACCUGAGCGCAACAAGGCUUCCAUGCGCGAGUUGGCGGUGGGCCAGAAGGUGAUCUGUAAAUACAGAAACGGCCGUUAUUACCACAGCGACGUGGUGGAGCUGACCACCGCUACGUUCUACGAGGUGGUGUUCGACGACGGAUCGUACAGCGACAACCUCUUCCCCGAGGACAUCGAGAACCGUGACUGUGUCCGCCUCGGUCCGCCCUCCGAAGGUGACGCCGUUCAAGUGCGAUGGACGGACGGUCUGAUUUAUGGAGCCAAAUUCAUAGCAUCGCACUCCAUCCCCAUGUACCUGGUGGAGUUUGAGGAUGGGUCCCAAAUCACAGUGAAACGAGAAGACAUCUACAGUCUAGAUGAGGAUCUGCCCAAACGAGUCAAGUCACGAAUGUCGGUGGCAUCAGACAUGCGCUUCGAGCUCUUCGCACAGAGCGACGUCAAACAGAACUCCAAAAGGCAGCGGGUCAUCAACUCUCGAUACAGGGAGGACUACAUCGAGCCCGUCAUCUACCGAGCCAUCAUGGAGUGAUUGCUUUUUCCUGCUUUCCACCCCAUCAACCCACCACAGAGAGCCAAAGGUUUUCAUUUCUUGGUCUGGCUUCUGUGUUUCUGGCUACUGCUGAUAGAAAUGACCACCCCUGCUCCUGUUCUUCCACGGCCCGUCGGGCUCCAUAUUUAUAAACUACGGCUGGGACUUUAAAUGACUUUUGUGUGCAUUGAAUAAGAUUCUUCGACCUCCAUUUCCCACUACACUCUGUAGAUUGUUUUUUUUUUUUUCCUCCAUUUCAUCAUUUCUUCUUUUUCUCAGGAAGAAGCCAUCAAUGAAUUAUUAAAUAUUGGAAAAGGUUGGACUGUCUUACUGGGGCAAGACGUUUUCUUUUUCUCUUCCACCACAUUUAGCAGCCGCAGAGUAACUAACUACACCAUGUGCGAUAGACCGUUUUUCUAGUGAUCUUUCUUACAGACUCAUGUUAUUUUCAUAACAGUUGAUUACAGUAACGUUUUGCUGUGAGGAAAAUGGGGAAGGAGGUUUUAAAGGAAGCAUUACUGAGUCGUGCAGUUUAACUCCACUCAGAGUCCGCUAGCUGUUGAUUUCAUGAAUUAUUCAAUUAAACGAGAGUUGUGUUCAGUUGCAACCCCAAAGAAUUAAAUGUCUCGAGGUCACUUUUUUAACAAAUCUUUUUAGAUUGUACUUUUCACCUCAUGUUUGGAUUGAGGAGUGUGUUUCUAGUUCAUCUGCACUGAGGUGUGUCAUCAUGCAUCUACUGUGAGGACACAGGAAGUCUGGACGUGUUUUAUAGGCCCAAGCCUUACAUUUCAAAGGGCCGAGCGUAGUUUGGUUUUUCUCAGUUUAUUAAACUAUUGUAAUUAAUAUUAUUACGCUUUAUUUAUGCAAGUUCGUGAAGUUUGAGAACAAAGCUAUUUUUGUCAUGCCCUUUUCCCAAUCCGUAGGAAACCUCAGAUGUAUUUAUAUUUAUUAUAUGGGUAGGUUUUCAGACAUGCCGUCUACAUGUUGAGGCUCGCUUUUUCCUUUGCAGGGAUUGGAAGUUGAGGAUGAUUCUGGCUCAAGUUCCUCAUCAAACAAAAGCACUUACUGUUCUGUCCUUUCACAGGAUAAUAGGCAUUUUCUAGAGUCAUUGCCUCCUCUGCGUUGAGAGUUUCUUUGUGUUUCUACUAAAAGCUAGCUUUAGAGAUCGUAGUGUCAGGUCAUAGUUUGAUUCAGAACUGCAGUUUAAGAGUUUAAUUUUCAGAUUUGAGGAGAUUUUCUUUCGUGUUCGGUCCGUUGUACCUGCUUUGAAGUAGUCUUGUGUAGAGAAUUACGAGAAGUCUCUGGGCUCUCAGUAGGACGAGGUGCACAGACCCUUUACCAUUGCCCUUUUCAUGGCUUCUGUUGUCUGUCUGGUUUCUUUGGGUCUGUCUCCAAGGCAGCAUUAAAUGUGUACACUCUUUGUAAACAUCAACUGUUUGAGUAAAGUUUGAGCUAAGAAAAAGAA